CACAACAACUUUCUAAUAUACGAGCAUUCGCACCAUAAAUAUUCCCCACUCACCAAAAAAAGCUAGGGUUUUUUUCUUCCCUUUAUUUCUCUUCUUUUGAAAAUACCUUUUUUUCUUGCGCAGAGAAGAAAUUCCGAAAACUAGCAAACCCUUCGAUUUUCCAUCUUCAAUUGGCUUUCCUUCUUCUGUUAACUUUGAUUCAUUCAGUGAGAAGGCGAAAGCUAUGGGAAGAGGAAAGUUCAAGGGAAAGCCUACUGGUCGCCGCCAGUUCUCCACGCCUGAGGAGAUGCUUGCUGGUACUUCUCGACGUCCUCGCACGUUUAAGCAGGAAGAGGUUGAAGCUGAGGAAAAUGAGAAAUCCGAAGAGGAAUCUGAAGAGGAAUCUGAAGAAGAUUCUGAUGGAGAGAAGCGGAAAGGUACCCAGGGUAUCAUUGAAAUUGAGAACCCCAAUUUGGUGAAGCCAAAGAACGUGAAAGCUAAAAAUGUUGAUAUUGAGAAAACAACUGAGCUUUCAAGACGUGAAAGGGAAGAGAUAGAGAAACAACAAGCUCAUGAGAGGUAUAUGAGGCUGCAAGAACAAGGAAAAACAGAUCAAGCUAAGAAAGAUUUAGAACGAUUGGCUCUCAUACGACAACAAAGAGCAGAUGCUGCCAAAAAGCGAGAGGAGGAGAAAGCUGCCAAAGAACAGAAGAAGUCGGAAGCUCGCAAGUAACAUAUGAUGGUACUAUGAAUGAUUCCCCAAGUACAAGAUAUAUCCCUACCAAUAUUUGGCUAAUGAUGGAGUUUAUAUUUCACCGUUCAUUUAUGUUAUUGUCUAGUUUAUAAGUAGACAUCUUAUAGAUGAAAUCAUGGAAGUAUACUUUAAAGCUCUAAAUCUUGUAUACACAAUAGUUCUGGCCUUAACAUGAACAAUCAUGGGAAGGGUAUACUUUUUUUUUGUUGGUUGAAUUAUUGAGCUAUGACUAUUUUACAGUAUUAGGUAA